UAUCGACAUUUUUGGCUCAGCUCUUUCCUCACACAUUUUCCCUCCCAAUUUCAAGGCAAUGUCCACUGAACAGCCUUCAACUUCACAAAAUCAAAAUUCCCCCCAAUUAUUGAACCAAUGGAUUGAGAUUCAAGAGUCGCUGAAGAAGCAGCUGAUCACGGACGACACAUUCAGCUGGAAACUGCCUCCAAUAUGCAAAGGUCAAAUAUAUGAAGGCGCACAAGAUGAUCGAGAUUCCGAUCGCGGAAAAUUCCUCAAGUAUAUUGCUGGGGCUGACUUGAGUUUCUCCAAAACUGAUCCAUCAAUUGCUUGUGCCACGCUCGUCGUUUUGGACGCAUCCACCCUUGAAGUAGUGCACGAAGUUUCUAACACCGUCGAGCUUCGCGUUCCGUACGUCCCCGGAUUUCUGGCAUUCAGAGAGGCUCCGGUGCUCCUAGGACUUCUAGAGAAAUUGAAGAAUACCGUACCUCAACUGUAUCCCCAGGUACUGAUGGUUGAUGGGAAUGGGCUGCUUCAUCCUCGAGGCUUUGGAUUGGCUUGUCAUUUAGGUGUUUUGGCCGAUCUUCCAACGAUUGGGAUAGGAAAGAAUUUACACCAUGUUGAUGGUCUGACACAACAUGGAGUGAGACAACUGCUUGAAGCUAAUGGGGACUCAUGUAGUGAUGUAUUCACACUGAUUGGCGAUUCAGGGUCCACUUUAGGAGCGGCAUUGCGAUCGACUGUAGGAUCCCUCAAACCCAUAUUCAUUUCAGUUGGUCAUCGUAUAUCUCUUGCCAGUGCCAUUGAGAUUGUGAAGUUAUCUUGUAGGUAUAGAAUCCCAGAGCCCAUAAGACAGGCUGACAUUAGAUCAAGAGAUUGCCUCCGCAAGCAUGGUUUAAGCUAGCGCGCAUGAACUGAACUGCUUUGGGCAGCACAUCAUCUAAAGCAGAUGCUGUUGUAAAUCAUUUCCGCAGAACUAUACCCUUGCGUUUCAAUGUUUCAAACUUCGAAGAUCUCAACACAAAAAUUGGCUUAAUGGAAUGGAAGCGAAGAUGUGGCGGAAGAGAACAAAAAUACUGAGAGUCACAUCUGUAUAUGGCAAAAAAGAAUGAAACAACAGUAUGAUUGAUAGCUCAUGCCCUCACAAAAAGGCCAGCAUGAAUACAAGCAUC